UCUCGCUCGUAAGGAUCUCUCUUAGCAAGCAAUGAGAAGACGAAACUGAGUGGACAUUCACGCCGGACUACUGGACAGCUGGUGACCUGCGGAGGAGACAUCUGCAACUGAGAUUUUCUGCACAUUUCCACACAUACAGCUCUACUCAUCGCCAUGACCAGGAAGGUGUUCACCAACACGAGGGAGCGCUGGCGUCAGCACAACGUCAACACCGCCUUCGCAGAGCUCCGUAAGCUCAUCCCCACCCACCCUCCAGAGAAGAAGCUGAGCAAGAAUGAGAUCUUACGUCUGGCCAUGCGCUACAUCAACUUCCUGGUGCAGCUGCUGGAGAGUCAGAGCGGUCAGCCGGCCAGCCACUCUCCCACCGCUCUGCUCAGCUUCCUCAGAGGAAACAUGGAACAGCUGCAGUCCCCUCCACACCCCUGGGCCCUAACCAGUGACACCGAAGUCCCCUCCCCUGGAUCCAGCUGCGACAGCUCCGAGGCCUGGUAGAGCCCUAAAAAAUAAAAAAGAAAAUAGAAAAAAGAAAAAAAGAAACUCUUGAGUGGACUUUCUGACCCCUUUGUUGGGUUCAAAAACUGACCUUGUCCUUCCUUGAGAUUGAUUUUUCACCACUUUUGUCACCCCUGUGUGACUCAUAUUAUGAUGCAGACAUUUCAAUAUUGUGUGAUACUUGUGGACUCCAAACAUGGCUGAAUAUGUGGGCACGGCCUCCAAACUCAGUGUUGAAAUAUGAUUUGCGUGUUAAAAUUAAUUUUUAUUUUGAAUGGAUGUAUAAAAACCUGGAUGUAGGUUAUUCCCUUCAUGUCUUAGGUUAUUCCCUUCAUGUCCUGGUUGCCAGCCGCCUGAAGCUCAUUUAGUUUUGCAAUGAGAGGGUGUUUUUGCUGAUGAGGAAAAUAGAGGGAUUAAGGAAUUUCUCAUUUAAAGCGAUAGAUUCAGCAAAGUAUUUGAGUAGAUAAUGGCUCAGCCUAUACUCUAGACUACAAUUGUCUCAAAAUAGCCAAGGGCACUUUUCUUAAUCGACAUGCUGUUUUUUUGUUCUUGAGAAGAAUAAGUCUUGACCUUUAUUUUCAUUUAGCAAGGUUAAGCAUGUUCAGAAAAAUCACUUCUGAGGAAGACAGACUGUCACCACUUUCACCCAACAAUGUUUUUUGUUGAUCAUAGAGUUGUGGUACUGAGGAUUGGACUGAGGAAUUUUGGCAAAACUGACAAUCCUCUUUCAGUAAUUACAUGCUUUACCACACCUUUAUCUCCCCAUUUUAAACAUGUUUUCAUUUGAGUUUUUGUAAUGUACGCAUGUCAUAUAGCCAAAGAUUUUGGAUUGAUUGUUC